GCGGGGAUGGGGAAGAAGAAGAAGCGGGUGGAGAAGGUGUUCUGCUACUACUGCGACCGGGAGUUCGACGACGAGAAGAUCCUGGUGCAGCACCAGAAGGCCAAGCACUUCAAGUGCCACGUCUGCCACAAGAAGCUCUCCACCGCCGGCGGCAUGGCCAUCCACGUCCUCCAGGUCCACAAGGAGUCCGUCACCAAGGUUCCGAAUGCCAAGCCCGAGAGGGAUUCCACCGAGAUCGAGAUCUUCGGCAUGCAGGGGAUCCCCUCAGACGUGCUCGCCGCCCACUAUGGGGAAGAGGAAGAACCUUCAAAGGUGGCCAAAGUAGAAGUGCCGACAAUAAGACCUCCUAUUAUGCCUAAUUAUCCGCUAGGCAUGCCUUUUCCUCCUCGGCCUUAUGGUGCAGCCCGCCCUAUGUAUAAUCCUGCAAUGAUGGUCCGACCUCCGAUUUGGCCUCUUCAGCAGCCGCAACCUUGGUUUGCUCAACAACCACCGGUUUCAGUUCCCCCAAUGAUUGCUGGGCAAGCACCACAGCAACCACUAUUUCCCAUUCAAAACAUGCCCAAUCCUAUGAUGACAUCAGCACCUGCUAAUUUACUUCAGACAUCAUACCCUAUGGCCACCACAGGGGUUCCUUCACCUGUUGCCCCUCAGGCUUCCCAGCCUUUGUUUCCUGUUAACACCACUGGCAAUGGAGCAGCAAAUUCCUCAUUCAGCUCGUCAAUUUCACCUGCAACUAUUGCAGCAAAUUCUCCAGCAUCAGUUGGUACUGCAGGAUAUGGCUAUGUUGCUAAUAACCAUGGUACAGGAGGGCCAGCAGUUGGACAUCCACCUGCACCUGCCACUAAUAGUAAAACGUCUGCUACUCAACCAGCUACGAGCGAGGUCUAUCUGGUGUGGGAUGAUGAAGCAAUGUCAAUGGAGGAAAGAAGGUUGGCUCUGCCCAUGUACCAGGUGCAUGAUGAAACUAGCCAGAUGAGCUCGGUUGAUGCAGCGUUCGAUCGAAGAAUAUCAGAUAUUACAUUUUCUAGACAAUCGACAUAAACAAGCUGCGCCCGGCGUUCAGUAAACAGCUUGAUGCGAUUCACCAACGGGCUCACCCGUGCAUCCAUAGGAGGGACGCCGUGCAAUCGGUGAUCCUGGAUCCCCCUGUUAUUGAUUUACUUAGUUAGUGACUUGAGCUACUGCAGUUGAAAGAUUGUGUUGGUCUGACUUGGGAGAUUUUGAUUCGACAUCAUUUGUCCUGUCUUUUCGUAUCGAGAGUGGAAAUUAGACCUAGAAGUCAUUUGUUCUGUUGUCGAAUGACUGACGAUAUGAGUAUCUUCAGCUCUGUAAACCUGAGGAUGAAAUUAGCAGUGUCUUUCCACCAGCUGUACUGCUGGUAGUACCA